AUGGCCCCCAUCAUCGUUGCUACAAUCGCCAGCCUCCCAUAUUACCAAGGAAGUGAUCCCUGCCCUUCCUUUAGCUGUUCCUCCCUCUCUGUGCCUCCAGGUGGCUGUAACAUUGAGGGUGAGGAUGAGAGCUGGGACUUUGGCACGGGGGCGGGUUUCUAUGUCAAUGCCACCAAUGAGCCCUGGAAAACCAACUACCGCAUGUACGCCUAUGUCACGGAGGAGCUCCCUCGCCUGAUCAAUGCCCACUUCCCUGCUGACCCAGAGAAGAUGUCCAUCUCGGGCCACUCUAUGGGGGGGCAUGGGGCUCUGAUCUGUGCCCUAAAGAAUCCUGGGAAAUACAAGGCUGUCUCUGCCUUCGCCCCCAUCUGUAACCCCAUGCAGUGCGCCUGGGGCCAGAAGGCCUUCGGUGGAUACCUGGGGUCUGAGAAGACCGCUUGGGAGGCUUACGAUGCCACGGUUCUGGCCGGCUCCUACUCCGGUCCCCAGCUAGACAUCCUCAUUGACCAGGGUCGUGACGACCAGUUCCUCUCUGCUGGACAGCUGCUGCCAGACAACCUGAUUGCUGCCUGCACUGAGAAGAAGAUCCCUGUGGUUUUCCGUCUGCAGCAGGGCUACGAUCACAGCUACUUUUUCAUCUACUCCUUUAUCAACGAUCACAUCAAGCACCACAGCAAGUACCUGAACGCGUGAUGUCACGCUCAUGUGACAGCAGUGCUGGCCUUCUAAGUGCCUUCAUUGCACAGUCCAUCUCCAUGACACUGAUUGCAACAUCAUUGGUUCAGUGGCAGUGCCAGAGUUUGAGGGGCUAGUGAUGGGCAUUAAGGGCUCUAGAAUGCACUCUACCUGGCCCAUGGCUGAAUUUUCUAAUUAACUGAACUCUGGCCAAUCCGAUUGCUUAUUUGCUGAGCAUAGUGAUUUGAUUGUAUGGAAAUUGGCAAAAUCACCACUAGAAUUGCCUGGCAAUUAUGUGCUCCUAAAUAAAACUUUGUGAUUGGUUAA